AUGCGCCUUUUCCGAGCUCUGGUUGUCGGCGUCCUGUUGGUCUCCGCGUCAGCGAAAAAGGAUGAACCCAACUUUCCAUUCGAGACCAAGCAAUUGUCCAAGCGAGAGACGACAAAGCACCCGAAUAUCGCCUUUGGAGAUCCCUCCUCGGUGCCCCUCAACCACGACCGACCGACAUGCAAGAUCGGACCCCAAGAUGCGGCUUGGCCUACCCUGAACGAAUGGUCAAAAUUGAAUACAACGCUCGGUGGCAGGCUCCUGAAGCCAUCUCCAGCACCCAUUGUCUGUUAUCCAGGGCCAAAUUACAAUGCGGCUGCUUGUGAGUUCCUCGUCGGCGGCACGACCAGGCGCACCAGAUUCUGGCUUGACGAUCCCCUCAGUGUGCUCAGCCCCUGGACUCAGGGGAAUACAUGUCUGUUAUCUGCCAACGUCAGUGGUCCUCUGAGAAGCUGCACACAGGGAGGAUUUCCGGAGUAUGUGGUCAAUGCCACGUCCGUGAGGGAUGUGCAGAUAGCUGUCAACUUUGCUCGGAACAGUAAUAUCAGGUUGAUCAUCAAGAACACGGGCCAUGACUUCUUGGGUCGUUCAAACGGCUACGGAUCACUAAGCGUGUGGACACAUCACCUAAAGGGCAUCGAAUACCUCCAAAGCUACAAGGCCAGUCAAUACAAGGGCUCAGCAGUCAGGCUCGGUGCUGGAACCGAGACCUGGGAGGCAAACAAUGCCAUGAUCGCGCAGAACUUCACCAUCGCCGUGCCCAAGCUUCCCACCGAGACGGUUGGCAUCGCUGGCGGCUGGUUCCAAGGAGGUGGCCACUCCAAUCUGGCUUCUCUCUGGGGCCUUGGAGCCGAUCAAGUCCUGAGUAUCAACCUUGUCACUGCCGAUGGCAGAUUCACGACGGCAAACAAGGACACUAACAAAGACCUCUUCUUUGCCCUGCGUGGCGGAGGUGGAGGCACCUACGGCGUCGUCACCUCGAUCGUUGUCAAGGCCUCCAAGGGACUGAUCACCCUCGGCACCGCUACCUACGGCUUCACUACAGGUCCAAUUGCCCCCACGACGUUACAGAACCCAACCGCCAAUAUCACCAAUACCCAAGACUUUUGGAAAGGGGUAGAGAUCUACCUGGCCUUUGCGAAAAAGGUCGUCGACGCCGGCGGCUUCGGCCACGGAGACGUCACCUACCACGGCAACACAAGUUUCUCCUUUGUGGGAAUAUUCCUUAUGCCCGGGUUCUCCGCAAGCAAGACUCAGGAGUUCGUUAACCCCCUGUUCCAGUCGUUUCGUGAUGAAGCCGGCAUCAACAUCACCACUCCUGUCGCCACGGUGGUCACCUAUGCUGAACCUGGGAAUGGGACAAACACCGCGCCGGGAAGCGGUACUUUCUCUUCACGCCUUCUUCCCCGAAAUAACUGGGCCAACUCAACCAGUAUAUCUCAGACUUCCAGCGCAAUCAAAAGAGCAGUGGAAAAGGGCUUCAACAUCCGCACCCGAGCCUACGGUCCAAAGCUCGAUCUGGUGACAGGACCCUACGCAGCGAGUGGUGUGAGCCCCCACAUGAGAAGUAUGGUCAUCCACCUGACGGUCUUCUCUCUGCUCGACGUGUCAUCGCUCUGGGUGUUGGAGUCCACACCCGGUGAAGCAGCGAGCAAGUUCAAGGCAGAGCUGGCUAGGCUGGAGGAUGCAACUGAUGAGAUUCGAUGUGUGACUCCCGGGAGCGGGGCGUAUUACAAUGAAGCUGGGAGGUUGGAGCCAGACUGGCAGGAGAGUUUCUUUGGGGGGGAGAAUUAUGGGCGGUUGUUGAGGGUGAAGAGGGAGAGGGAUCCUUGGGGGUUGUUUUGGGUUCAUAAGGGGGUUGGGAGUGAGGGGUGGAGGGUGGAGACGGGGGAUGGGUUGACGACGAAUAAUGGGCCGUUGUGUAGGGUUUGA